AUGUUUCGUAACCAAUAUGAUAAUGAUAUUUCUACAUGGAGUCCUCAAGGUCGAAUUCAUCAAAUAGAAUAUGCAUUGGAAGCCGUGAAACAAGGAUCAGCGUCAGUUGGCCUUCGUUCGAAUACGCACGCCAUUCUUUUGGUGUUGAAAAGAUCUCCCGGGGACUUGGCUUCUUAUCAGAAAAAGAUUACUCGAAUUGAUGAUCAUAUGGGUGCGGCUAUCGCUGGUUUAAUUAAUUUUAUGCGUACUGAAGCUAUGAAAUCUAGAGCGUUAUUUAAUCGACCUUUACCCAUUUAUCGUAUUGUUUCUGCCAUUGGCGAUAUGAACACGCAAAAUUAUGGACGCAGACCAUAUGGGGUUGGACUUUUGGUCAUUGGAUAUGAUGAAACCGGUCCACAUUUGUAUGAAUGUGCACCUUCGGGAAACUUCUUUGAAUAUUAUGCAAUGUCGAUUGGUGCUCGUUCACAGUCAGCCAAAACUUAUUUGGAAAAACAUUAUGAAAGUUUUGCUGAAGUUCGACACGGUCUUCAUGCUUUACGUGAUACAUUACAACAAGAUAAAGAACUUAACACUUUUAAUUGUUCAAUUGGAAUAGUUGGUGUGGAUUAUAAAUUUAAAAUUAUAGAGGAAGAUGAAUUACAAAGAUUUUUAAAUUUAUUAGAGAAUGUUGUUGAUACUGAAGAUAUUCAAGAAGAAGAACAAGGUCAAGCUGCACCUAUGGAUACUGAAGAAGUAUGA